AUGUCGUCACCUCCAACAUCCAAGCGUAUCAAGACAUCUGUCUCCACCAGCGUACCACCACAACUCCUAACACAGCAACAAAUCAACCCCUUCCAGAGAGUCCCUGCUUACGAGGCCAUUCCUAUACCCCCGGCUCAGGUGGCGCCUCAGAAUUCCCGCAAACGCCGUUCUCCCCCCCAGUCAAGUGCCGCGGCAACCAUGGCUGCACCACUCACUUCUGCUUCGGGAGAUGCAACACAGAAUCCCCAAGGUGCCCCGGAAGCGGCUCCAAAGAAGAAAGGGCGGACCAAUACGCCCUGGACGGCGGAGGAAGAGCAGAGACUCAAGACGAUGCGCGACGCGGGUCGCAGCUGGAGCGAGAUUGCCAAGGAUAUGCAUUACGCCGAGUUCGCGGAAGAAGAGUCUGUUGCCCUACGGGAGGCAAUAAAAGAAUAUGAGGCCAACAAGUGGAAGGUCAUCGGACAGAAAGUUGGAAAGCCCGCCAAAGCAUGCGAGCAAUAUGCGAAGGAGCAUUUCAAGAAUCUUUGA